AUGCUCUUUACACGAUCGAUCUCGAUUAAUCUUUCUGGAUCGAACGAGUUGGGAAAAGGGAGAUCGGGUUUGGCUUGGAAAGAUGGGGGGCUCUUUACCCCUGAUCCCAUCGCAGAAUACCCAUGGUUCGGUGGACUGAUGGCCCGAGUCCCUUGGUACGAGCUCAACGGCGGUCUCAACGGUGGGUUCGACCAUGGAAAGGGGAGGACGGAGUAA